AUGGCUGAGAUCAGUUUUGAGGAUCUUAUUGAAGUUGGGGCAAAUAUUUUGAUGUUUGAUUCAAGCCAUGGGAGGACCUGUUUGCACUAUGCUGCUUAUUAUGGCCAUUUUGAUUGCCUACAGGCCAUUCUCUCUGCUUCUUGUUCUUCUCGUAUUGUAGCCUCUUGGGGUUAUGCCCAGUUUGUAAAUAUUAUAGAUGAUAAAGGAGCAACACCUUUGCACUUGGCGGCCCGACAAAGACGAUCGGAAUGCAUCCAUAUUCUCUUAGACAAUGGAGGUCUGGUCUGUGCUUCAAUUGGUUGUUAUGGCUUCCCGGGAAGCACUCUUCUCCAUUUGGCCGCUAGAGGGGGUUCUCUUGAUUGCAUCUGUGAAUUGUUGGCUUGGGGCGCCAACCGACUUCAAAGAUUGUGUUUGUAUAAUUCUAAUAUUUUAUUGAUGUCUAUAAAUGGGAGUGUUUCAGGCCAUGAAAAGUGUGCGCCGAGGAAGACGAAAGCAGCAAGUGCAUUUGCACAGAUGCAUUACUGGGCAUCGACUCCUUUGGCAGGCGGUGACUCAAUCGCCGGCCGGCCGGCUGCUUUUCAUUUGAGCAGAAGAAGAACGCUAAGCUCUGCCAAAGGAGAUUUGCCCGGCAAUUCAUCUGCGCAAUAUUUCAAUAUUAUUCAUCACCAUUCUAACAUCACCAGAGUUAUAGCCUAG